UGGCAUUGAGCUAGAGAGCAUGUGUUUGAUGUCUUUCUAGCGAACUCCUCCGCGCACUUUCUGCCUCUAGAAUCUGACGCUGAACCAACAGGGAAAAUUUCAGGCUUUUAUUUUUAUUUUAUUUUUGGUGUUGGCUGUUCACCGGCGAUGGGGCUUCUACUUGCAGAUAAUGCACAACAAUAUCGAAGCGUUGAAACUAUAUUUUUAGAUUUUCACUCUCUUUUCCGUUUCUCCGGUGUCUGAAUUGUUGGCUCGCACUGGUCGCCACCUGCAGCGCUAUGACGCCAGCUGCCGCCUCGUCGCCGGCUGUAUUCCUUUUAAGUAUAGUGGUUUUGCUGAAAAUGAUGAUGGCAUAUCUGAGAAGGUUGUUGAGGUACUAAUGAUCAACUCAAAUAGUGGAUCUGGUCUUCUGUUCCCAAAGGGUGGCUGGGAAAAUGAUGAAACUGUUGAGGAGGCAGCAGUGCGUGAAGCCCUGGAAGAAGCUGGUGUUCGAGGUGAUUUAGUGCAUUUUCUGGAUUAUUACAAAUUCAAAAGCAAAACCCUUGAAGAUGAGUUUUGUCCAAAAUGUUUGUGUAAAGCUGCCAUGUUUGUGUUACUUGUGACGGAAGAGCUAAAAUCUUGGCCAGAACAGAACACACGCCAGAGAAGUUGGCUAACCAUUCCUGAAGCUAGAGAGUGCUGCCGGUAUGAAUGGAUGAAAGACGCCUUGGAGGAAGGUUUCACAAAGUGGCACAGCAGCCAAAUGAUAAGCAGCCCAAGAGAAGAGAACCAUGUAAAUUCAACUCCAUGAUCAGAGCAGGAUUUAUUAGUUUGCAGAUGCUUGAGAGGCACCAUUUUGAAGCUAAUUCUGGUACUAUUUGCCACCUCUGUGCUCUUUUUCCAAGGUUGGAUAUUAGCAGUAAAGAAAACUCGAGUACAGGACAGAUAUGUUUGUUCUAGGUGUGUACACUGUGGUGUUUGCUUGAAAACUCUGGAUUAUCUUUUGCUUUACCUUGUCUCUGUCUCAUCGUUUGAUCACUUAUUUUAUUAGCUUCAUAUUAGGGACAACAGAAAACUUUGCUUAAUUCCUUUGAGAAGGCAAAAGAGUUUGGUUAAUCAAUUCACAAAGUCAGAAAUAUAGAAUAACUUGUAGCUGCACA